GUGUCUACAAUCGAGUCGACUGCCUUGGUGAAAAAUAUUUUGAGAUUGAACUAAGACAAUCUAUUUGAUAAUCCGCAUAGUGUUUAUUAUUUAGUGAUAAUUUGCGCGUAGUGUCGGAAUAGUUAUUAGUUAUUUUUCAUUAGUGUCUUAUUAAAAAGAAAAUCGAUGAGAUGUGUGUGUAGGUGAAACAAUAUGUGUAGUGUUGAUUACUAAUGACGUCUGAAUCCAAACAAAAGGCAAUCGUUGCUAGAAGACCACAAAACUCCAUAAUAGAAGCAUGAGUUCGACGGAAACGAUCAACGUGACGGCGCAGCCGAUCUCCGACACCGUCCAUGACAUGUUCAAGCCGUUGCAACAACCGGUGUUUCUGCAGACGACCUCCGCACAGGUCAUCACUGGGAUAUUUGUGUGGACUGCACUCUUCAUUACUUGCCAACAGAUCUAUCAACAUUUGCGCUGGUACACGAAUCCAUCAGAGCAGCGCUGGAUCGUUCGCAUCCUAUUCAUCGUGCCGAUUUACGGCUGCUACAGUUGGAUCUCAUUGCUCUUUUUCAAUGGCGACUCUUAUUAUGUUUACUUCUUCACCGUCAGAGAUUGCUAUGAAGCGUUCGUGAUCUACAGUUUCCUGUCACUCUGUUACGAGUACUUGGGCGGCGAGGGGAACAUCAUGUCGGAGCUCCGCGGGCGGCCGGUCCGCGCUUCCUGCGUCAACGGCACCUGUUGCCUCUCGGGAGCGACCUACACGAUCGGCUUCCUGCGAUUCUGCAAGCAAGCCACGCUGCAGUUUUGCCUUAUAAAGCCAGUUUGCGCUUUCAUCAUUAUAUUCCUUCAGUCUGCUGGCCACUACCAUGACGGUGAUUGGAGCCCGAACGGCGGUUACCUUUACAUCACGAUAGUGUACAACUUCUCCGUCAGUCUUGCCCUCUACGGUCUCUUCUUGUUCCUCGGCGCUACAAGGGAGAUGCUAAAGCCUUUUGACCCCGUGUUGAAGUUCUUCACGGUUAAAUCGGUUAUCUUUUUGUCAUUCUGGCAAGGCGUGGCGCUGGCGAUCCUGGAGAAGGCGGAGGUGAUCUCGCCGCUGGUGGACGCGCGCGGCGUGCCGACGACGGCGGGCACGGUGUCGGCGGGCUACCAGAACUUCCUCAUCUGCAUCGAGAUGCUGGCGGCCGCCGUGGCGCUGCGCUACGCCUUCCCCGCCGCCGUGUACGCGCACGCGCGCCGCGACCCGCACCGCUCCGUCACCAUGCAGUCCAUCUCCAGCAGCCUCAAGGAAACUAUGAAUCCGAAGGAUAUUAUGACAGAUGCUUUCCAUAACUUCCAUCCGCAAUACCAACACUACACGCAAUACAGUUCUGAUGUCACAUCUCACCUGCCUUAUGAGAAAUUAUAAGCUCUGCCAUAGCUGUGCUCUGCAUGAAGUGCAUUGCUGUCUAUCUGUGCAUUAUGUAUACAUAAUAAAAAUAAACACCCAUGCCAUGAUUAAGCCACAUGUAGCGCUGAAAUUAUAUAAUGUUUGUUGAUGUGAUCUCUACAAACAGUCAUAGACUAUUUCAUAACAUCAAUAGGACUAUAGAUUUAUACCUGUUUAAAUACGUUUCAUUUUCGUUUAAAACCCGUUCUGAAGUGUAGAAAGUACGAAAACAAUUUUAAAAAAUCUUGGUGAACAACUUGGGACGACUUCCGAUUAGUUUGUUAUAAAAAUAUUUUUACAUACAAUUCGUGUUUGAUCAAAUAGAUCAUAACGGAGUGUGAAACGUUGCUACAAUAUAGGAAUCUGGCAUCAGUCACUGUUGCAAGUUGUAUCCUGCCCAGUAUGGCUGAAUUACUCACUAACAAAAAACUGCAUGCAUAUCUCAAUGGAUACAAAUAACUUUAAAUGGCCAAUCUCCAGCUUUCAUUUGAACAUUGACAUCACAUUAUGACUAUUUCUUCAUUGUUUUAACACAUACAAUCUAAAAUUUGACUUGAAGAAAAAUAUUCUAACAAGUAUUUUAGAGCUCUAAAUAAAAAAAAAAUUAAAAAAAUUUAAAUGAAACAUGUGAAGUUAACAAGUAACCAGUCAUUUUGCUGUAUAAAUAUUAUAGUUUUAUACACUAAAUUUUAAAUAUAUGGUAAGUAUUAUAUAUUUUAUUUUAUAUUUAUAACUAAUGUUGGACUGCUGUAAAACGAAAUAAUAUAUAAAAGUUAACAAUAAACCAUUAUGAAUAGUUUCGAAAAGAUUUUCAAUAUAAUAUCUAAUAAUAAUUCUCAUAUUCAUAAGAAUAUUAUAUGGCGUUCCUCGGUUAUAUAUCCUCAUAAUAUACAUAUAUGUAACCUUUACGUAAUAAAAUGCCCCAUAAUUUGACUAGUCCGAUGAGCAUAAUUAACAAAAUGUAAUUUUACGUGUCAGUUUUAAUAUUGUUUUAUUUUUGAUAAUGACAGUAAAUUUAUACAACCUUCUUUAACCAAAAAUGAAGUUAACAUAAAUAAAUAACUCUUCUGAAAUGUACAAAAUAAAGCAUAAAAAACUAUGUUGCCGUAUUCGGACUAUUCAAUAUUAAAUUUGUAUUUCGAAAAAUCCUUUUAUUUUUGUACCUUGCGCCAACAUGUGUUGUGGAAGUGUGUGUUAAUGUUUUUUUAUUUCUGUGAUUUGAUUUUUUUUCUUAAAUCUGUACAUUUUUGUUAAUUUUCUACUAGUUAGUGGAUAUGAUCCGUUAGUUGAUGCUAGGCUUGUUAAAUUCUUGUAAUGUAUAUGACUCUGUUUUUAUUUUGUCUAAAAGCGUUUUUCGGUUUAGUACAUAAUGGUUUCGUUAGAUAACAGGCUAGUGUACCAAUUUGAUUCCACCGAAGUUUGUACAGUUUGAAUAUCACCAAAGCCCGUUAUUUUAUCGGUGACAUUUUCAGGUGUUAAAAUAUUAAAUGGAAAUGUUUAUAAUAUAUGCUUUGUAUUUACGCGUCUUAACUUGAACGGAGAAUUUUUUUACUUUAUUUAAUAAUAUAGGUUUAAACGUAAGUAGCUUUUUCUUUAAGGGCUUUUUAUAAUAUCAGUUUUGUGAUUUUUUUUAAAUAAAAAAUAAAUUUAUUUUUAACGUACCUACAUAUUGCGAUAUUUAGAUUAAGAGAGAAUAAUUGUUUCAAUUAUAACUUGCGAUAAUUGACACUUAGAAUAAUUUCUUCUUUGUAUUUGCCCUUUCGCUAACAAAUAAACGUCUUUACUGUAAUGUUAUUAUUUUGAUUAUUGAACUAACGUCAUUCGUGACAUCAUGGAGGAGGUAAGUUCGUCAUUUCUAUUGAAUGUAUACGCUGCUUAUUACUAAUUGUUUUGCUGGCAUGACUCUAUGUAAUGUUCGGUAAUGCUAUCAUCGUAUGUUUUCUAUCUGUUUGACGUUGCCUAUGUUAGAUCUAAGCUAAUCAUAGGGUCAACAUAUUAUUAUAAUUAAAAUAAUAAUUACUUUUUUACCACAAUACAUGGUAUCCAUUUUCUAUUUUAAAUUUUGCACAUAUUUGGUCUUAUUCAUAAAAAUUACAAAAAUGAAUUAAUAAAACUUCAAAUAGCAAUAAAACAGUAAGCCGACCAACCCAGAUACUGUGGUGUCAUCUCGCAAUCGCUAUUAUUUAAAAUAAUUCUACGUUGUUACAUAAUAUAUUAGUAAAUACCAUGUGGGUAUCAAAAAAUUGUCGUUACAAAUGAGUAUUAAAUGCGUAACAUUUUGUAUCUUGUAAAAUUUAAGCUGCGAAUCCUUUCAUUAUAUUCUGAACUAAAUCUAUAUAUUAUUUUAAAUACCACCCGUAUGAUACAAAUAAAGUUAUUAUUGAAUAAGACCUUCAUUAUACAAUGUGCAUUUUAUAUUACUUCAAUCGUAAGAAAUGUUCCUGAUUAUUCAAAUUAUACAUUAUUACAUAUAUUCCUCACAUCCUUAUUGAAGCUUAUAUCAUCAAUUAAAAGCGUGCACAAAAACAAAUCAUAAUUUACAACACAAAAAAACGUACUCACAAAUAACUUGUAGUUUUUAUGCGAUUCAUAUCAAGAAAACAAGAUUAAAUUGUUUCACUCGCACGUUUCUACAUUUUCUUUUAAUAAACUGAGCGUUGCACACAGUUUACACGUUAGUAUAGAUUUUAAAAAGGAACUUAACGGUCUGUUUAAGUUUAAAUGUUAAGUAUGUAUAUUUAAAGCAAUGAUUAUGCACAGUGAUGCGGAGUGCCGGUAUAGGCAAGCGGGGAGGCGACGAGGGCGCGACCCUGGCGCCGCGGCCGCCGCCGCAGCGCGUGGCCACCAUCAGCAGCGCCGCUAACUACCACGAGAAGACCACCCUGCUCAGUUCCGACGACGAGUUCCAAUGAAUUACCUAUUUAGUUCUACCACGGAUACGAUCGCACCUAUUAACAAGACAAUUGUAAAAUAUAAAAAAAUAUUAAGGGACAGACAAGAUUUUUGAAUUUAAAAAUUUAUAGUAUUUAUCACUUAAUAUGAAUCGUGUGUUGUAUACGGAAAUCGUUGCCUCAACGCACUUUAUAAUAACACUGGAACAAAAAAUAAAUUCAACUAUAUAUAUAACUAUUUAUCUUUCCCGAUACAAAGAAUAGAAAUGUAGCAAAGAACGAGGCAAAAAAUUGUCGUUCAUGGUGGUAUUAUAUCGUAUGGCAAGUCUUCCAAAUAUAUUUUAUUUCUUCGUAAUGCAUACAGGUUCCUUCAUGAUCCUUUUCUCUGCCGACGAACUUGUGAUAAAUAAUCACUUAAAAUUGAGAUCGACUCUUCAAUUAUUUCGAAAAUAUCUACAUUAUGAAUGUUCCUUACCUUUGUUAAAGUCUCAACCGGAGACUACAUUUGUGCAAAAAACAAAUUGUUUUAAAGUGAUACGGUGUUUCUAACACCGCAUUCAAGCCUACCCAGAUCUUAAUUAUCGUAAUAAUAAUCGUAAAAGUAUCAUUAUGUGACCUACCAAGGUUCAUUUUAAUCGUCAAUGUAUAUAAAACGAAGCAGAGGCUUAGAUAACUUUUUGGAUGGGAUUUGAAAACCCCUCUACGAAUAUCCUGUGCAAUUCUUUGAAAUUAUAUGAUUUUUUUCGUUUAUAGGAUUACUAAUUAAAGGAGCUAACCAAAGCUCUAAAGAUCAUAUUAGCCGCAAAAAAAAAAGCUCUGAAUCCCUGAAUAGCUUCUCUCACACAAUAAAAAAGAUACGUAAGGGGUAAUGUUUCUUUGCUACGUGUUGUGUGGUACAUUAUGUGUAAUUUUAUAGUAUUUGAGAGCAGUCAGAACUUUUCAUUUAUACUGUAAAUUUGUCUGGCAGAUAUUUUAUAAAGACAAUGAAAGUGCAUAUAUAGGUUUUCAGUUUUGUUCAACAUUGAAUAAAUUUCAUUCUUAAGGGUGUUUUUUCAUUAGCCGACACGAUAACGAUAUUUUUUUAGCCGAUACAAGCCGCAUCAGUAUCGGGGCAUUGAAAUGUAUGAAGCGAUCUAUGAUGCUUUUUCAUUCACUGACAUGAUACCGAUACAUCGGACACGGAUCGGAUCGGACGUGUUACCGAUAUGUCGGUAAUUAACACACCUAUUAUUUAUUCUGUGGUAACACGUCUGCUUCAUAGAGAAUCGUCCAGAUUACGUAAAUACGCACAGAUUGUAAGAAUGUAAGACGUAAAUACGCACAGAUACAUAUGUGCGUGACCUGCUUGAUAUUCUUUUACAUUGAAGUGAACAACGUGCUGGCUCUGUGCUGUGUGUUUACGUGUUGACAUUAAUUUAUCCAUACGUAAUAUGUGCGGUUUGUUUUUAAAUAAUCAUGUUUAUAAUUU